UCAGAACUGAGGUAAUCCACUUCCUCUCUCUCUCUCCUCAUGUUGCUCCCUCUCUUCAACUGCAACUACCAAUCCUCCUCCUCUCUCCUCCCAAUCUCCUCCUUCCCCAAACCCCUACUACGUCCCAAGUUCCUCCUCCUCCGUCCCUCCGCCUCCGCCGACACUCAAACCGUCCCCGACUCCGCCAUCAAAAGAAUUGCCGACAAGCUCCGCAGCCUCGGCUACGUCGAAGACGACGACCGCAACAAACCCCCAACCCAAACCCUAGACCCCACCACCAAUGCCGCUCCCGGCGAGGUAUUCAUUCCCCUUCCCAACCAGCUUCCCAAGCACCGAGUGGGCCACACCAUUGACACGAGCUGGAGCGCGCCGGAGAAGUCCAAGAAGAAGGGGGAGGAAAGAGGAGAGAGAGUGCCGACGCUGGCGGAACUGACGAUGCCGAGGGAGGAGGUGAGGAGGCUGAGGAGGUUAGGGAUUGAGUUGAAGAAGAAGUUGAAGGUUGGGAAGGCGGGGGUUACGGAGGGGAUCGUGAACGGGAUUCAUGAGAGGUGGAGGAAUUCGGAGGUGGUGAAGCUUUUUGUUGAGGAUGUUUGGAGGUUGAAUAUGCAGAGGACUCAUGACUUGUUGGAGCGGAAAACUGGAGGUUUGGUUGUUUGGAGGUCUGGAGGUAUCAUAGUACUCUAUAGAGGAGCUAAUUAUAAGUUUCCUUAUUUCUCGUCUGAUCCCAAUUCAACAAAUGACACCUCUGCCGCUACUUCACUGAGUUCAAGCACGGAUUCUGGGGUAGAUGUAAGAGAGGAAAGCUUCUCAUCUGAUGCAGAUGGUACUAAUUCUACCAUAACAAAUCUAUCGACCAAAAUGCCUCAGCCCCACCUGAUACAAGGUGUUGGUUCUCCAAAUAGAGUACGAUUUCAACUACCUGGUGAAGCACAGCUUGCUGAAGAAGUCAACCGUCUACUAGAUGGACUUGGUCCACGGUUCACUAAUUGGUGGGGAUAUGAUCCUCUACCCGUUGAUGCUGAUCUUCUACCAGCUAUUCUUCCUCGAUACAGGAAACCUUUCCGCCUUCUUCCAUAUGGGGUGAAGCCUAAACUUACGAAUGAUGAACUGACGAUCUUGAAAAGACUUGGCUGGCCUUUACCUUGUCAUUUUGUGCUAGGUCGAAAUAAGAAUCUUCAAGGAUUGGCUGCUUCCAUUGUCAAGCUGUGGGAGAAAAGUGAGAUUGCCAAAAUUGCAGUUAAGAGAGGGGUUGAAAACACCAACAGUGAACUGAUGGCUGAAGAGUUAAAGUGGCUAACUGGAGGAACAUUGCUUUCACGGGAUAAAGAAUUUAUCAUCUUUUACAGAGGAAAGGAUUUUCUUCCGGCUGCUGUUUCUUCAGCAAUAGAAGAGCGCAGAAAAUGUGCUAUUCCUAAGGAGGAGCAGGGAACAGGUUAUAGUUCAUCAGUUAUGACUCAGCAGGAGUGUAAAGAUGGAAUGGUGGAUUCUAGUCAUGAAGAUGAAUGGGAUGGGAUAAAGGGCCUCGAAAGGAAUCUUGUUUCCGAACAAAAGAAGCUAGGAUUUACGGAAGCAGAUAUGAAUAGCACUAGAAACAAGUUGCAUGUGGCGUUAGAGAAGAAAGCCAGGGCAGAGAAGCUUCUAGCAGAGCUGGAGAAGGGAGAGAUUCCCCAAGAACCUGAAAUAGACAAAGAGGGUAUAACUGAAGAAGAAAGAUUUAUGUUGAGGAAGGUCGGCUUGAGAAUGAAGCCUUUCCUUCUGUUGGGUAGGCGGGGAGUUUUUGAUGGGACAGUUGAAAACAUGCAUCUUCACUGGAAGUAUAGAGAACUCGUCAAGGUAAUAUGCGGGGGUAGAUCCAUUCAAGAGGUUCAGGGAAUAGCCCAGACGUUGGAGACAGAAAGUGGUGGCAUAUUAGUGACAGUGGAGAGAAUCAGCAAAGGUUUUGCAAUACUAGUGUACCGUGGGAAGAACUAUAAGCAACCUGCUAGCUUAAGACCUCGGACACUCCUGAGCAAAAGGGAGGCACUGAAGCGCUCUAUCGAAGCACAGCGUCACAAGUCCUUGAAACUUCAUGUUUUGAAGCUUACCAGAAAUGUUGAUGAAUUGAAGCUUCAGUUGGCCGAAGACAAGGAGACAAAUAAGCCAGCUAAAAGAGCGAACUUUCAGCUGGCUAGAGAAAGAUCUGGAUUUGAUUCAAGUUCCUUCAACUCAAAUGAUGGGACGGCCUGUCCAGAAACUAAUCAGCAGGAUAUGCUAAGAGAUUCUCCACUAUUAUGCCUGGAUAAGGUGGAUGAGUUUAACAUAACUGAGCCUGAGCCUGAGCCUGUAUCCGAGUUGGAACGUGAAGAAAGCAGAGUCCUUAUGGGCUCGAAUGGUCUAGGUGUUGAUGCUCAGUCUGCAACUUGUCCUGAUGAUCCUGAGUCACAAGGUUCAUGCUAUUUGCCGGCUGUUAAUGCUGAGUCACAUGUUGGUGAUGAGAAGGCCAUUACACCAGUUGAAUCAACAAAGAAUGGAACAAAUAACUCAGUUCACAGUCCUGCCAAGAACAUCCCUUGUGGGGUGCCUGUCAGAGCUGUAUGGCUUUCUAACAGAGAGAGACUUCUUUUGCGAAAGCAAGCCCUCAAGAUGAAAAAGCGCCCUGUGCUUGCUGUUGGGAAGAGCAAUAUUGUUACUGGAGUUGCAAAAACUAUUAAGACGCACUUUCAGAGGCACCCUCUUGCUAUAGUCAAUGUCAAGGGCAGAGCCAAAGGGACUUCAGUUCAGGAAUUGGUUUCCAAGCUUGAGGAAGCCACGGGUGCAGUUCUAGUUUCUCAUGAAACAAACAAAGUCAUACUUUACAGGGGUUGGGGAGCGGAGGUGGAACCUGGGCAAACUGUUGAGAGGAAUGAUAUAAAAGACGCCAUGAAGACAUCGGUAGGAAGAAAGGGUGAGUUCCGGCCUGUUAUUUCUCCGGAGCUUCUAGAUGCCAUUAGACUUGAAUGUGGGUUGCAUAGGACCCCAGAGGAAGUGAAAUAACGAGGUUCAUUUCACGUGGUUUGCUUUGCACUGUUUUUGCCCCAGUUCGCCUUUGGCAGUCAUGUGAAUUCCAUAAUAGAUUUGUAGCUUUUGAAAUGUUUCAGCACCCACAAAAUCGGAAGCUGAUUUAGGUUGGGCGUAGUUAGUCCAAGAAUGCUGAACAAAACUAAGUUUCAGCCUCUUUAUAUUUGAAGAUUUUGAUUCAAUGUCGAAAUGUACAAACUCGUUUUCUAAAUCAAUAUGAUUCAGGUGAGCAUGCCACAUGGAUAUUUAUCAUGCAAA